AACAAUCGCGCUUGGUUUGGACCUUGGGGAGGAAGCUGCUCUACUCGAUCGGAUGAGCCAGUUUAGCGGAAGGUGUUAUCUGGAUCAAAGUUUCAAUGAGGGGGGAGCCUGCCUCCCUCCCUGGGUUUCUGAUCAGGCGCUGUUAGUCCCCCAUGGUAGACCAGACCAGGAAGGCCAAAACCGAAUAUCAUAACCGAAUCUUGCAAGUCUGACUGUGCUGCGCCUCCUCCCCUCCUUAUACCCAUGUGGAUUAGGGAGUGUCUACCUGAUCCACCUUCGAAGGUUAUCUUGCAGUUCUGGACUUAAAAACAUUUCAUCCCCCUUUGCCUAGCCAGUGUCUCCUACGUAUCUCCAUCAAGGUCAUCUUCCUGACUCCCUCCUUUGUGAUUUGACUUAACCAAACCACGUUGGAGACAUAUUCAUAGGCACAGUGUUAGCAUCAGCGCUCGAUGACAUAUCCCGGCGGGUGCCAGCUGUGUUGGCCUGUCUGUGUUCCUUGCUUGGGUUUUCCCAGUUGAAUGACCUCCACCUUGUCUUCUCUUUCUUCCACUUCUCUCCCCGUCCCCCCUUUGCAACAGAUGACCGCCCAGUUGAUGCUGGCCGUUGGAGGUGCCGUUUUGGGGUCUUUGCAGUUUGGGUACAACACUGGAGUAAUCAACGCGCCACAGAGGGUGAUAGAAGAAUUUUACAACCAAACAUGGGUCAACCGAUAUGAGAAGUAUAUCACCCAGGGCAUGCUCACCACACUCUGGUCUCUCUCUGUGUCCAUUUUCUCGGUCGGUGGGAUGCUCGGGUCGUUCUCAGUUGGGCUGUUUGUCAACCGCUUUGGACGCCGGAACUCCAUGUUGAUGUCCAACUCCCUAGCUUUUCUUGCUGCCAUCCUCAUGGGCUUCUCCAAGUUGGCAGGUUCUUUUGAGAUGUUGAUCAUUGGCCGCUUCAUCGUGGGCAUCUACUCUGGCCUCAGCACGGGCUUCGUGCCCAUGUACGUGGGCGAAGUGUCCCCCACGGCGCUUAGGGGGGCCUUAGGAACGCUGCAUCAGCUUGGGGUCGUCGUGGGGAUCCUGAUCGCACAGAUCUUUGGCAUCGAUCUGAUCAUGGGGACCGAAAGCCUCUGGCCCCUUCUGCUGGGGUUCACCUUUAUCCCCUCCUUGAUUCAAUGCAUCCUGUUGCCUUUUGCUCCUGAAAGCCCCCGCUUCCUUCUCAUUAACCGCAAUGAGGAGAACAAAGCCAAGAGUGUCCUAAAGAAGCUCCGAGGAACAACCGAUGUCAGCAGGGACCUUCAGGAGAUGAAAGAGGAGAGCCGGCAAAUGUUGCAGGAGAAGAAAGUCACCAUCUUGGAGCUCUUCCGCUCUUCUCUGUACCGCCAACCCCUCUUGAUUGCCAUCGUAUUGCAACUCUCCCAACAACUCUCGGGGAUCAACGCGGUGUUCUACUACUCAACAGACAUCUUUGAAAGAGCCGGAGUGCAGCAGCCUGUCUACGCCACUAUUGGGGCUGGGGUUGUCAACACAGCCUUCACCAUUGUUUCGUUGUUUGUGGUGGAGCGGGCUGGUCGAAGGACGCUACACCUCGUUGGACUUUUGGGAAUGGCCAUAUGUGCGGUUCUCAUGACUAUUGCCCUGGCACUACUGAAUCAAGUGCCAUGGAUGUCCUAUCUCAGCAUUGUCGCCAUCUUUGGCUUUGUGGCGUUUUUCGAAAUCGGCCCGGGACCCAUUCCCUGGUUCAUUGUGGCAGAGUUGUUCAGCCAAGGCCCACGACCUGCCGCCAUCGCCGUUGCGGGGCUCUCCAAUUGGACCUCCAACUUCAUUGUAGGGAUGGGCUUUCAGUAUGUGGCGGACCUUUGUGGUGCCUACGUCUUCAUCAUCUUCACUAUCCUGCUUAUCCUCUUCUUUGUCUUCACCUACUUCAAGGUGCCCGAGACAAAGGGCCGAACCUUUGACGAGAUUGCCUCUGAGUUCCGCCAAGGGGGGACUGCUCAUAGUGACAAGACACCAGACGAGUUCCACAGCUUGGGUGCUGACUCCCAAGUCUAAGCUAUGGAGGUAGGCAGGGUUCUCCUUUGCGUCACUCCUUUCCUGCCUGUCCUCCAUAUGCUUGUUACAAAGCCAGGUCUGAGGUGAAGAAGAUAUUUGGGUCCCAAUUCCAGCUCCAGAGCCUGGUUUCUGGAUGACGAACCCAACUCUUAGCUCCUUAGGAACAGUUAGCUGGUUUCAAGUCCAGAAUUUCAACGUUGUCAACAUUCAGAAGCAAUGGUUAUUCUUCAUGGACGAGUCUUGUCCUUGAGAAGAUAGCACUUCUUCACCCUUCCUCUAUUUUUUUCCUCUUUGUUUUAUAAAGGAGAAAAAGCAGAAAUCUCCCCUUCCCCAAAAACCCUGCACUGCUGGAGGCAAACAUUUAAAAUCAUUAGACGCCAGCUAAAUACGGGUAGGGGGGGAAUUUAAAGCAGAACAAUUGGAUUUGAAGGGGCAAUUAUGUGGUUUUCAAGGCCAGUGUUUAAGAGUUGGGGGGAAGAACUAAGCAAAGGCAGGGAUUUCCUUUGAUGAGUUGCAGUCACGUUCUCAAAGGAACGGUGUGGUAUUUUUAAAUGUGGGUGUGUGGGGGCAAGUGCAUCACAAAAACAAGAUUUUUAAACCGCCUGUGGGAAAAACCCUUGGGUCUUCUCCCCACCUUACAAUGGUAUUUUCUAAAGGCCAGCAGAGGCCUCUCUUUUGGCAGGACAGAAGUUCUUGUUCAUGAAAACCUGGUCGCCGAGGGUAAGCCCCUUACCACCCGCCACUUCCUUCAGUGCGAGAGUCUUCUCUGAGCCCCUCCUGCUCAUUCUCCAGAGCAAGGGGAUCCCUGGGAAACAUGGGCUUGGUGAUCCAAGGGAACAGUUGAAAGAACUGAGACGGUUUGGGAAGGAAAGACGUUCUACCACAUUGGACCUCUGGCAGAACGGAGGCCCUCACACAGUCUUGGGGCUGUAGCUUCCAUUCCCACAAAAUUGUAGGCUGUUAGCUAUGUGGGUGGGCAAUUGCUUUCUCUGGCCCAGCGGGGGGCAGGUCUUGACAUUUCUCUGAUGAGACCACUUCCAAAUUGCUGAAGGCAGAGGGUGCUACGGCUGCCCCCAGGCCCAGUUUCAAAAGCUUGACAGCAAUGGGUGCCUUGUGACUCCCCUGGUUGUUGUGAGGACCAGAGUCCCUGACAUCCCUCACUUUAGAGCGUCACCCCUCGUCCACCCCUGCUUUAAGUGGCCGGGUCAGGCUGUGGCCCAAAGCCGUCUUCCCUGCUGUCAGUCCCCCCUGGAUGGGGUGGAAGCGAUAGAGAGAAGAGGGCCAACGGCUCCUGUUGAGGAAUGCUUCCACUCAGACUCCUGCCCGGAGUGGGGCUGGUCCCGCUUCGGAUUGCACAGGGUCCCAGGCGUGCGGUCCUGCAUUCCAAAAAGAACGUUUCCCCAGCCUUGGCAGGAGACGGUCCCGACUGGGUUGCCCCUGAAGAGCGCGGAGCUGCAGAUCUCUUGCCCUGGGAACUGACUUAAUUCUUUUUGAAAGCCAACACAAGCAACUCCAGAAGUUAUACACUGGGGCAGGCACGGCCCCCUCCCCAAAUCUCACCUAACAAGGCUUUUUUCCAGCGCCCACCAACCUCCUCACCCCCCCCAAAAAAGAACUCAGGAAGACACAGUUCUAUUGUGUCUUUGGGGAGGGGUGGCUUCUGGCAAUCUCCUUAUCCUUGACGACCCAGACUCGCUCCACACUCCACCCCCUGCCCCAAAAGCGAGAAUGGCUGCACCCUUUUUCCUGCUUUCUAGGUCUAGACUGGAAAAUAUUUAUAUUAAUAUGUAUGUAUUUUUUGUUCUUGUUUCAUGUUAACAGUGCACUAAGUUAUGGCAUUGUUUCCAAUAGACAAGUUCAUGCAAAUAUUCUUGGAUAGUUCUAGUUUCUCUAGCAAUUGUAAUAUCUGUAUUUGACUAUGAUGAACUUAUUUUUUUAUAUAGAUUAUCUCACCUGCACUGUAGCAGAACCUGUUGCACUGAUAUUUUAGAUUUUCUUUAGUCUAUUCAGCCAACCUGGUUAAAAAGCCCUUCCUCGUUGUGUUUGGUAGAAGUUCUCGACAGGUUUGCAAAAAACAAAAAAACAAAAACAAAAAAAAACCCCAAUCCUGAAGCAAAACAAUUAAACGCACCUAUUUAAUAAUAUAUAUAUUUUAUUUAUUUGUCUGUUUGUAAACUGAAGGCAUACACACAACCGCACUUGAAUAAAAGAAUUACGUUUUUAGGAUUUUUUUUUAAAAUGUUAACUUUGUGUUUGCUGUGUACUGUGUGAUGUCAAGGGUGAGCUCCUUUCUGAAGCGCCAACGGGAGGAGGGGGAAGAAAACACAGAAAGGAGAAGUUUGUAUGGGUCAAAUAAAUAAAAUAAAUCCUAGGAUUGACUGUGUUCUGCAAUAUCGCUUUGGUUUGGGCAGAGGAUUUUCCACCGGAAGGAAAGGAAGGAAGGAAGGAAAAAGUUGAGGAGGGGAGGGAAUCGCUGAAAUAGCCAAAGGCUUGUCAACCUUGACUCCCCUCGUUGCUGUGACAUUUUCCAAAAAUUCUCAGCUCGUCCUUUUAAAUCUGCUUUUCCCUCCCCAGUCUGGGCACCUAGCAGAUGCAAAGCCUUCAACUCCCAGACUACCCCGGCCAGCAAAGGCUCCUGGGGAGGGUUCUGGGAACUGAAGGCCACACCCCUGCCCUGAGGGGAGGCUGCUGUCUUGGCCACCGGAGAGUCCUUCGGGAUGUUUGGGGAGAGGUGAAGAAAGUCCUCAAGAGCACGACAAACGGAGCAGGGGAGCCCUCAGCAGACACAAAGGAGUAGCUGUCCUGUGGCUUAAAAGGAAGUUUAGAAAGCCAGCAACUUCUAGGAGACUCGGGGAAGGAGGACUCCAAUGAUGGUGAUGCUGGGGAAGAAUUCUUCCC